AACUACAAUUCGCACAGGAGGCAGUUGCAUUGGACUUACACCGUGCGCUGACAGUAUGACACAGACGGACUCACUCGGACAUGAGUAGCAUUGCCCUUUAAAUAAACCAUCCAAUGACACUGGAGCGCGUCCACCUCGGCUUGACUCACGGUACGAUGGGACGGUGACGGACGGAGAGCUGUGGAUGCUGUCAAUGUACCCGUCGAAGAAUAAGAGAGAACAAUGAUGCGAACAUGAUCAGGACUGAUGGCUUCUCAAAAUGCGAGGCGACUCUGCAAGAAAGAGGCAGGAGGAGGCCCCCCUCAGAGAUGCUCCAUCUGCUGUCGGCUGUCAUUGUCUGGCUGGUGACCGGAACCACCAUCUCCAGCCUCAAUAAAUGGAUAUUUGCUGUUUACAACUUCAGGUAUCCCCUGUUGCUGUCUGCAUUGCACAUGCUAACAGCCAUAGUGGUGGACUAUGGGUUGAUCAAACUGCGGGUUAUUCGCCACAGAGGGGUUGGAGAGCAAGACCUGACUACCAGUGCAAAAUGCAAGGUGUUCCUAUUGAGUCUGACAUUCUGUGCCAGCAUCGCAUUCGGGAACAUGGGUCUGAACUACGUCCAGCUGUCAUUUGCACAAAUGAUUUACACAACCACCCCACUCUUUACUCUCGCUAUAUCCACCUUGAUCCUGGGCAAACAGCAUCAUAUCCUCAAAUACACAGCAAUGAUGCCCAUCUGCCUGGGUGCCUCACUGAGCAUCAUGGGGGAAGUCCAGUUUGAUCAGACCGGCUGCAUCUUUGUUUUUGCAGCAACUAUGUUGAGGGGUGUCAAGUCUAUCCAGCAAAGCAUUUUACUUCAGGAGGAAAAAAUCAAUUCUGUGUUCCUGCUCUACCUGAUGUCCAUUCCUAGUUUCUGCAUCUUGGCCGUGGCAGCUCUAGCCCUGGAGAACUGGGCUCUGCUGGAGUCGCCGCUCCACUAUGACCGACAUCUGUGGGUCUUCAUCCUGCUCAGCUGCAUGGGCUCAGUUAUGUACAACUUGGCGAGCUGCUGCGUCAUCACGCUCACCUCUGCCGUCACUCUGCACAUCCUCGGCAACCUGAGCUUGGUGGGGAACCUGCUGCUGUCUCAGCUGCUUUUCGGUAGCGAGUUGUCCGCCCUCAGCUGUGCUGGUGCAGUGCUGACAUUGUCUGGCAUGCUCAUUUAUCAGAACUCAGAGUUUAUCGUCAGCUACCUGGACUCACGCAGGGCCAGAGUCAAAGGGUCUGGACAGGUGGACUUCAGCACUGCUGAUGCAGCGGACAUGGACAAAGCUAGUACAUCAGAGUCAACAUAUCAGCAGCAGAGAACAGACAAAAAACAAGAAGACAAGGUUGACUGAUUUUAGAGGAUGAAGGAGAGAAUUCAAUGUGCAAGUGACAGAAACACUGGCAGAAACAAUGACAGAAACACUGGCUGUAGUUUUUUACUAUUUGUGUUGUUGGUCAAGAGCAGCAGAGGGAGUUUGACCUUAUAAGGCCAUCAUCACUGAUGAUGUGACAAAUCUCAUUUAGCUUUUUUUUUUUUUUUUUUUUUUUUUUUUUAACUUCCUCACUGUGCCAAUUUGUCUCUGGUCACACAGAACUCGAGUCUGCUGAGAUAAAAAUGAAAAAAGGUUGCCUUUAUUUACCAUGCUGAUGGUUACAUUCUCUCCUUCAUCUGUAUAUCACUCAUAAAUAGCCUAUAGUGGUAUAUGCAUGCAAGAGCACACUAAACUGUUUAAUACCUCAUGAGGUAUUCACACUGUCACUCAUAAUACUCCACUGUGAAAAUGUUCUCAUUUACAGAGGGCUCUAACUUUAGUCGUGGGUGGCUGUUGUGGAUAUUGUAAGCUGCAAAGAGGGCUAGUGGGACAUUGGAGGAGCAGGGCUGACAAAGUACUCUGCCUCAAAAUUUAAACGGGCACAAUUUGUAUAUGAAAAAUAACAUAAAUGUACAUGUGAAUAACUGUUACCUGAUAUUCACUUGGUCCUGUCAUAAGUGACUAGGAUUUUUGGCAGCUUUCAUUUUGUUAGUACAUAAAGUGAGAAGCUUGUUACAUAAGGAUUCCGCUGUCGUUGCAGGGCUUAAACUUUUAUUUAGAGAUGGAAUUUAAAGUAAUGAACAAAGUGGACAUUUCUGUGCAACGGAUUGCCUUUUUUUUUUUUUUUUGUUCUUGUGUUGAAGCAGAUUUAAUUGGAGGUCUUCACUCUGUGUUCUGUCCUGAACUAAGAAACUCAGUGUGGAUUUCCAAUCAAGGCUGAGAUUUUUUUUGCUUCAAACAAUGGUCUCCAAAGAAUAAGUCCAAUUAUUUCCACCCUUUACAACAGAGUUCUCACUGCAGCUGCACCUUGAUAAUUAGGAUCACAAGUUCUCUAAGGAGUGUCAUUCAACUUUAGCAGUCUUUUCCCUUGACAGGAUGUGCAAAAAGAAGAUAAAGUGGCUCUUUAAAGAAACAGUUCAACAUUUUGGCAAAACACUUCUUAACUUAUUUGAGAGAGUUUGAUUAAAACAGCUACCUACACUCACAGAAAACACCCAUAAACCACAUUAAAGCUUACUUAUAGGCAUGUCCUACAAUGGGCAUUGAAAUUACUACUGUAGAUGGAUGGAUAAACUGUUGUUUACUGAGAAAUAGUUACAGCACAGAAUUCCUUUGAAAAUCAAAGACCUAUUUUCCUCUUUAUUGCCUUUUCGGGAUGGGAAUUAAUGUUUCUUUUUGCUGACAGUAAAGUACCAGAAUAUCAGUGAUUAUUACUGAUUUAAAAAAAAUCAAUUCUGCUUUUGAUUCCUAAAUAAUUUCUUGACUAGUAAAUAUAAUCAGCACAGUUAAAAGGUGUCUGAUCUCUAGCAGCAGAUGCAAUUUGUACUGAAUAACUUCUGAAAAAAUGUUGUAUUCCAUCCCACAUCGAAGCCUUUUCCUCCUCUUUCCCUUUCACAAACAAACUUAAACUUAAUCAAAUUAGGUGCAGAAGUGUAUUUCCAUCUGUUGAACCAUUAUAUCUUAAACAUAAUGUGUGUCAUUUAUAAGAUGAAACCUUCCACUUUCUGACCGACAUUUUUUUAAGUUUGCCAAACCGCCCCACGUUGAUAAAACUGACUUCUGCUGGACAGUGUUGUUUUUUGUCAGUAUUUGUAUUAUUUUUGUUUUGUGAGAGGAUUUUAUGCCCCUUUUUUAUUUAUUUAAAAGAGCAUAUUUAUUUUUGGAGUUUCAGUCACUGGCUUUGUAAUGCUGUAGAUUUUGGUUGUGAAGUGUCUUGCACCUGAUAUGCAUGUGAUCCUCUGUCACUAACCUCUGCUGUUAUGUUUUUGGAGAGAAUCUGACACAAGUCAGGUCACUGCAUGUCUCUGAUCCUGAAGACACUUUGAACAUCCCAGGAUGUCUGACACUCCCUCCUACAUGUUUUGUAUGCCAAAUGUUUACUUUGAGAACUUGUUAAGUCACACUGUUGUUUUGCUGGUUCUUUGAGUGAUCAGACACAGCAUCAUUUUACACAGUUUGACAUUUUAAAACAGGAAGCCAUACAAAAAGGUUACUGACUUUGACAAUACCUGCCACAUUUUCUGCAAAUUUUGUCAUAAGUGUAUCUACAGGCAAACUGUCUUGAAAGAUUUUAUUGUGUCAUUGACCUUUGUAAAAUUGUAGAAUUCAAAGCAUCAUAUAUUUAUAUAUGAUGAUGUUUUUCAAUCCUUUACUCAAACAAGAGAAGACUACAGGAAUUUAUUUUUCAUUUACUUUUAUUAUUUUGGAGUUUAAAAGUCUGUGUUAACUUGUUUUGCUUUUUGUUUAAUCAUGAUUAACUAUCAGAAAUAGAUAAAGCAGCAUUAUUAAGCCUAUAAUGCGAUUGAUGGCGUUUAGCAGAGAGGUCUGAUCAUGCAUCAAAAUGAAUCUGAACAAAUUUUGAUGCAUAAGCCUUGGUAGUCAUUUGUCGUUUACUAUUUGUUAAGCUGUCUUGACAGAUUUCAUGUUUGGUUUAUUAUGAACAAGGGGCAAAACACCUGUUGCACUGACAAGGUACGAAGACAUUGCCUUCAAAGCCAGUGGUUCCUGUGCACAUGCUGGUUUUAUUUGUUUGCUAAGCUUGUUGGAUGUAAAUAGGUAUUUUAUUAUAUUUAUGUAUUUUAUAGUCAGAUAAGGGCGGUCUAAGAGAGAAACAUUUGCCUCAUGCCUUAUUUGGACAUACUGCACAUAAGUGGGGAGUGACUUGAUCUGUCAUUUUGUCAAAAUCUGUUUAAUACUUUGAAUGCCAAACGUGGCCACUGGUGCUUCUUUUUAGGGGCAGUGAUGUGGUCAGGUAAUAGAAAUGAGAUGUUUAAUUGCUUGAAUGGAAGGACUUGGACUGGUACAAUAAAACAUAACAUCAAACACUA